AUGUCUUUCCACGUGAACUACAAGUCCCCCUGCGGCCUGACCCUGCGCAGCAUGAGCGAGAUCGAGCGCUACCUCUUCUCCGUGCACUGCGACUUCAUCUUCCUGGAGAUGUUCUGCCUGGACCCCUACGUGCUGGUGGACCGCCGCUUCCAGCCCCAGAAGCCCUCCUACUUCAUCAGCGACAUCACCGAGGGCAAGGAGGACGUGCCGCUGUCCUGCGUCAACGAGAUCGACGUGACGCCGCCGCCCAGCGUGGCCUACAGCAAGGAGCGCAUCCCGGGCAAGGGCGUCUUCAUCAACACCAGCCCCGACUUCCUGGUGGGCUGCGACUGCACGGACGGCUGCCGGGACAAAUCCAAGUGCUCCUGCCACCAGCUGACUGUCCAGGCCACUGCCUGCACCCCGGGUGCACAGGUGAACCCCAACGCUGGAUACCAGCACAAUGAUGACAUUCAGACCAUCUCCUCUGGAUCUGAGGAGGAAGACCGGAAAGACAGCAGCAUCAUCAACAGCACCACACGGCCUGUGAAGAGGCAGGUAGCAGUGAAGUCCACGCGUGGUUUCGCUCUGAAGUCUACACACGGCCUGGUCAUAAAGACGCCCAUGACGUCAGCCGGCGGUGGAGGGGAUGGCACCCCCUCCUGGAAGAACACGCGCCAGUUCUACGAUGGCGAGGAGUCGUGCUACAUCAUCGACGCCAAGCUGGAGGGCAACCUGGGCCGCUACCUCAAUCACAGCUGCAGCCCCAACCUCUUCGUGCAGAACGUGUUCGUGGACACGCAUGACCUGCGCUUUCCCUGGGUCGCCUUCUUCGCCAGCAAGAGGAUACGUGCUGGCACAGAGCUGACCUGGGACUAUAACUACGAGGUCGGCAGCGUGGAGGGGAAGGAGCUGCUGUGCUGCUGUGGAUCCACAGAGUGCCGAGGACGCUUACUGUGAACUCUGACCCCUGACCUCUGGACCUCUCCCCCUUCACUGUCCAGGCACACGCAUCGCGAGUCGGGUCAGGAGUCUGGUCCACUCCAGGUUUUACGGUGUGCUCCAUCCCAGUCUAAGACCUCCCUGUGCAGUGCGCAGUGUGCUUGACAGCAGUGAAAAACCUGGAGUGGAUCAGAUCGCUGUGCACUGGGAGCCCGAUGGCCUGGCCUAGCCAACAAGAAAAAAGCUGGAGAGAACUUUAAUCCGGACUGUAAGCCGUUUGCCGACAGACUCUGAGAAACAGACUGCCUGCUUCCCUGGCUGCCGGAGGUCACGGUCCAGCAGGAGGCCAGGAUCUGCAGGAUCAGGCGGGUCGCAGUUACAGCACUGACCUGCAGGGGGCGCUGAUGUGCUCCGAGGAAGACUAGGACCCACCUGCAGUGUGGCCUUUGUUUCUGGUUGUCCUUCCCCCUCGCACCUGGAGCUCUUGGUGGGACUGAGCUGGGCUCGGCGGGGGGGACCUGCUGCCAUCUGCACGACGGGCAAGUCCUGCUCAUUCUUGUGUGUACCAGUAACGAGUCACAACCGUUAUUUUAUAUUGUCAUUAAAUUUCUUUUCUAUUUGCAAGAC